CCUUCUCGCUGCCGAGCGCCGCCCCAGUAGCCCCCUCGCUCCGUGGGCUCGUCUUCCUCCUCGCGCCAGCGCCGCCACCCCUCCCUCGCUCCCCAUCCCGCGGCUGCCCCCUAGCUCGUCUUCCUCCUCGCGCGACCGCCGCCACCGCAGCAGGUCGGAUUGAAGAAGAUGGAAGAGGUGGAGAAUUCCAGCAAGCGUAAAGCGUCCGAGCUGGAUUUGGAGGACGAUUCUGCCGCUGCUGCUGUUCCGGACGAGCAGCCGCCGCGGCCCGACUCGGCUGCCAAGCGCCCUAACCUCGCCCGGUCGUGCAUCCAUGAGGUCGCUGUCCCUACCGGCUACGAUUUGUCCAUGGAUGAGGCUGUACAUGGGACCCUUUCCAACCCUGCAUUUAAUGGGGAGAUGGCCAAGACGUACCCAUUUCAGCUCGACCCUUUCCAGAGUGUUUCGAUCGCGUGCUUGGAGCGGAAUGAAUCUGUCUUGGUCUCAGCUCACACCUCCGCGGGGAAGACGGCCAUCGCUGAGUACGCCAUUGCAAUGUCGUUCAGAGACAAGCAGAGGGUUAUAUACACCUCUCCGUUGAAGGCCCUGAGCAAUCAGAAGUACAGGGAGCUUAGUCAGGAGUUUUCUGAUGUCGGUUUGAUGACCGGUGAUGUCACGCUCCAGCCAAAUGCUACUUGCCUGGUCAUGACUACAGAAAUCCUGAGGGCGAUGCUUUAUAGGGGCUCUGAGGUGAUCAAGGAAGUCGGUUGGGUUAUAUUUGAUGAGAUCCACUACAUGAAGGAUCGUGAGAGAGGCGUUGUGUGGGAAGAGAGUAUAGUUUUCCUGCCCACUGCAAUCAAGAUGGUCUUUCUUUCUGCUACUAUGUCAAAUGCAACAGAGUUUGCGGAGUGGAUUUGCAACCUGCACAAGCAGCCUUGUCACGUGGUGUACACAGACUUCAGGCCGACACCGUUACAGCACUACGUAUUCCCGAUAGGCGGGUCUGGUCUCUAUCUUGUAGUAGAUGAAAAUGGUCAGUUCAGGGAGGAUAAUUUUCUAAAGCUGCAAGACACAUUUGCAAAGCAACCUAGUCAACAAGAUGGUAGGAAUGGUGGUGGACCUAAAGCCAGUGGUCGAAUAGCAAAAGGUGGAAAGGCAUCUGGAACUUCUGACAUAUACAGGAUUGUCAAGAUGAUUAUGGAGCGCAAGUUUCAACCAGUCAUAAUUUUCAGCUUUAGUAGAAGAGAAUGUGAACAUCAUGCUAUGUCGAUGUCAAAACUUGAUUUCAACACGGAAGAAGAAAAGGAUAACAUCGAGCAGGUUUUCCGUAGUGCUAUUUUCUGUUUAAGCGAGGAAGAUAGAGGUUUGCCUGCUAUAGAGUUGAUGUUGCCUCUUCUUAAACGAGGUAUUGCAGUACACCAUUCAGGACUGCUUCCAUUAAUUAAGGAGCUGGUAGAACUGCUCUUCCAAGAAGGUCUUGUGAAAGCUCUCUUUGCUACUGAAACGUUUGCCAUGGGGCUGAACAUGCCUGCAAAAACAGUUGUCUUCACUUCUGUUAAAAAAUGGGAUGGUGAUAGUAACCGUUAUAUUGCUUCCGGAGAAUAUAUUCAGAUGAGUGGAAGAGCUGGUCGACGUGGCAAGGAUGAGCGUGGCAUUUGUGUUAUAAUGAUAGAUGAGAAGAUGGAAAUGAGUGUUAUUAAAGAUAUGGUGUUAGGUAAACCAGCACCUCUUAUCAGUACUUUCCGACUGAGCUAUUACACUAUUCUAAAUUUACUGAGUCGCGCGGAGGGCCAAUUUACUGCCGAGCAUGUGAUCCGGAAUUCAUUCCAUCAGUUCCAAUACGAAAAGGCAUUACCAGAAGUGGUUCAGAAGAUUACAAGGUUGGAAAAUGAAGCUACUUUGCUGGACUCUUCUGGAGAGAAUGAUCUGGGUGAAUAUCACAAAUUAGGGCUUGAUAUAUCUGAACUUGAAAAGAAAAUCAUGUCUGAGAUGAUCAGACCAGAGAGAGCUUUGUUAUAUUUGGUUCCUGGAAGGCUGGUAAAAGUGAGGGAUGGUUCAACAGACUGGGGAUGGGGUGUGGUUGUAAAUGUGGUGAAGAAACCUCCAGCAUCUAGUACUCUCCCCCCAGCAUUAAGUGCAUCUCGUAGUAAUAGCUAUAUAGUGGACACCUUGCUUCACUGUUCUUCUAGUUCAAGCGAGAAUGGAUCACGUUCAAAGCCAUGCCCACCUCGCCCAGGGGAGAAGGGAGAAAUGCAUGUGGUGCCUGUACCAUUACCGUUAGUAUCUGGUCUAAGCAGCGUUAGAAUCAACAUUCCUCCUGAUCUACGACCACCUGAAGCAAGACAAAAUAUACUUUUUGCAGUUCAAGAACUGGGAAAGCGUUAUCCCCAAGGGCUUCCGAAGCUACAUCCAAUUACGGACAUGGGUAUUGAAGAACCUGAAUUAGUUGACUUGGUUCAUAAACUUGAGGAUCUCGAGCAGAAACUAUGUUCUCAUCCACUUCAUAAGUCUGAUCAAAAUGAGCAGCAACUAUCAUGGUACCAAAGAAAAGCUGAGCUAAAUCAUGAAAUUCAACAACUGAAGUCAAAGAUGCGUGAUUCACAGCUACAAAAAUUUAGGGAUGAACUUAAGAACCGGUCUCGCGUUCUCAAGAUGCUUGGUCACAUUGACGGGGAUGGUGUUCUUCAGUUAAAGGGACGUGCUGCCUGUUUAAUAGACACAGGGGAUGAGCUGCUUAUCACUGAACUUAUGUUUAAUGGUACAUUUAAUGAUCUUGAUCAUCAUCAAGUUGCUUCAGUUGUUAGCUGCUUUGUACCAUGUGAGAAGUCAAAUGAGCAAAUACGCCUGAGAAAUGAGCUGUCUAAGCCAAUGAUGCAACUGCAGGAGGCUGCAAGAAAAAUAGCUGAGGUACAACGAGAAUGCAAAUUGGACGUAAAUGUGGAGGAGUACGUUGAAUCAACUUGUAAACCCUACCUGAUGGACGUCAUAUACUGCUGGUCAAAGGGCGCCACCUUUGGAGAAGUGAUAGAAAUGACUGACAUUUUUGAAGGAAGCAUCAUAAGGCUUGUGAGGAGACUGGAUGAAUUUCUGAAUCAGCUAAAAGCUGCCGCUGAAGCUGUUGGGGAGGUCAACCUUGAGAACAAGUUUGGAUCGGCGAGCGAGAGCUUACGCCGGGGUAUCAUGUUUGCCAACUCGUUGUAUCUCUGACGAAUGGAGCUCCUCCAGCAGUUGUACUACCAUAUAUGUUAGCAAACCAAACGUAGUUCUCAUUUUUUGCCUUAUGGCAUGGCAUCGAAAUGUAACCCUUAUCUAUCAGAAUGUAGGGUGUAGCCUUGUACCCUGUUAACCCCCUAGGCAUCAACUGUUCCACCAGAAGACUGGAAGCCAUCUGUGCUAUGCACCAGCUUAUCUAUGUCCAAUACAUGUAUACAUCAGGUGGUGCUAGCAUUUUUGUAAUCGGCCCAAAAUGGCACGAAAGUUCUAUUACGCCUGCCUCAUUUUAGAGAUCAUUCAGGUUCAUAUAAGAUGAUGUGAUUCGGAGGGCUUGGAUAGUUGGAUGUGCUGUUAUGAUGUUAUCAGGCAGUUCUCUUUA